AUGGCUCGGCUGAUCUUCCUUGCCCUGACUGUGCUGGGCUUUGCCCAGGAGCUGUGGCUGGUGGAUGAUCACAUGGAUAUGGAUGUGCAUGAGCGAAUGCAGCAGCACACAGAGCAGCUGAGUCAGGGCAUGGCUCAGCUGCUGCAAGAGAUGGAGCAGAGGAGACAGGAGCAGAGUGCGGUGGCCCUGGGAGCUCUGCUCUUCACUGCCUUGCAGCAGUGGCAGCUCUGGGCCUCGGUGGAGCUCCUGGUCCUGCUCUUUGGGCUCUGCCGGUGGCUCAGGAAAAGGAGCUGUGAGCCGUGCAGAAGCAGGAAGCAGGGCAGCUCCACAAGGAAGGAGAAGGACAACGAUGAUGCAGAAGACAGUGACUCUGAUGACACCUGGGAUCUGGGCAGGGUUUGGGCCGAUCACACCCAGUGGCCGGCACCGUACAUGGCUGACAAGUGCAAGGUGGUGGAGGAGCUGGUGGACGAACUUCUUGGUGCCUGCCGAGGACUCUCCGGGAACUGUCUCUUCAAGCCACGGCUGCAGCCGGCCAUUGGUGUGGGCUGCCUCUACGACAGCUGGAGUGCCCAGGAAGACAACGUCCUCUACUGCCUGCUCGUGCCCCUGAGGCCUCUCCCCAGGCACACCUUCCACCUGAAGCUAGGUGCCACAGGGGAUAAGCCUGCGAGGAACUCCUGCCUGCACGUGGAGCUGGAGUGCACCUGCACGAGGGAGCGGCUGGUGGGGGACAUGCUGUGGUUCCUCCACCACCCUGAGGAUGAGCUGAGGAGAAGACAGGAGCCCAGCCUGCUACACACCCUCUGCACUGGCUCCUACCUAAAUGUGGAGGAAACCACCCACAGGUUCCAGGCCUUGGUGAAAGCAACCUGGGAGCUUCUGCCGCAGUCACGCCACUGCUGCCUGACGGUGCUGCCCUCCCACUGCUCCUGCAAGCUCAGGCUGGCCAGCGCCUCCAAGAGCACCUUCUCUAUUGAGAUCGUGCUUGGGGUGCAGCUAGAUGACUCAGACUCUUUCCUGAGCCUGGAGUAG